UCUCUUCUCACAUCUUUUGGAAAAUGGCAGAAUCUGACUUCAUAGACUACACUUGCCCCCUGUGUGCAGAAGUCCAGCGAGACCCUGUCACCAUCCCAUGUGGAGACACCUUUUGCCUAGACUGCAUUAAGAUCUACUGGGACCAUUCCGACCACGUGGGUGUCUACAGCUGUCCGCAGUGCCAGGCGACCUUCACUCCUCGGCCCACUUUGAGGCGUAAUGUACCCAACGUUGGCAAUCGGGAGCCUCGCCCACCCUUACCCGAGCUCACCCCGUUCCCGUACAAACGAGACGCGCUGUGUGAUUUCUGCACGGGUCGGCGCAACAGAGCGGUAAAGUCGUGCCUGAUGUGUCUGGCGUAUUACUGCGAGACACACAUCAAACCACACUAUGAAUCGGCCACUUUUAAACGGCACAAACUGGUGGACGAGACAGGACACCUGGAUCGGAAGAUCUGCCCACAGCAUGAGAAAGGGUUAGAGCUGUUCUGCCGCUCGGAUCAGAUGUGCAUCUGUGUACUGUGUACCGUACGAGAACAUCGCAGCCACAACAUUGUGAGCGCAGACGAUGAACGCACAGAGAAACAGAAAGUCUUGGUGAUGACGCAAACAGAAGUUCACCACAUUAUUCAGGAUCGAAUGAAAGAACUGCAGGAACUCAGACACAACGUGGAUGUUCUCAAGGGUAAUGCACAACGAGCCCGAACUGACAGUGAUAAAAUCUUCAGUGAGAUGUUACAGGCAGUGGAGCGAUGGCAUGCAGAGAUAAUCCAGCUCAUACAGGCUAAUCUACAAGCAUCUAUGGCUCAGGCUCAGGGCUACAUAGAGAGACUUGAACAAGAGAUCAUGGAACUUCAGAAGAGAGACGGUGACCUACGUCAGAUACUUGAAACAGAGGACAACAUCCACUUUCUGCAGAAUUUUCCCAUGCUGUCUAUUGCACCAGAGGCCAUGGUGCCUAAAGUCCUCAUAAACCCAGAGUUUUCCUUCAGCGAAAUCACCAAGACCGUCUCUGACAUGAAAGAACACUUGGAUGACAUCUGCAAAAAAGAGCUGGGAAACAUUUCCAAACGAGUAAGUGAUACAUCCAUCUAUGUCCUGAUUCCACGGUCUGGGGGACGUAUAAAUGCUGCAGUAAGAGUUGACUUCCAAGAGCCUAAAACCAGAUUGGAUUUUCUCAGAUAUUCUUGUAAACUGACAUUUGACCCCAACACAGCCUAUAAAGAGCUAGUGCUGUCAGACGGGAACCGUCGGGUAAUCCGUAAGCGAACAACCCAAUACUACCCAGAUCACCCUGAGCGCUUUGAUGGGUUUUGCCAGAUUUUGUGCAGGGAGCCCCUCAGUGGACUGCGGCAUUACUGGGAGGCAGAGUGGAAUGGAGAAUUUUCUAUCGGCAUUGCCUACAAAAGCAUCAGCCGCAAAGGUAAGAACUCAAACAGCCUUCUGGGAUACAACGAUAAAUCCUGGAGCCUCCUGUGCUCAGACUCUGGAUACUCUGCAUGGCACAAUAAAAUGGACAAGGAUUUGCCAGGUGCGGUACGUGCCUCGCGCAUUGGCAUUUACCUGGAUUACGCCGGAGGUUCUGUCUCGUUUUAUGGCGUGUCUGAGACAAUAGAGCUCAUCCACAGAUUCCAGGCAAAGUUCUCUGAGCCACUGUAUGCUGGGUUUGGUGUUGGAUCGUCUGUAACUCUGUGUGUGUUAGAAAAAAACCAACGAACAUACCACUAAGGAACCUUGAUAUUGAUAUUUGAACCUGAACUCUUCUAGUUUACUGUUACCAAAUUUGAAUAAACCGCACUGCUGUGUAUAGAACCCUGUAUAAGUAAAACUUUGUAUAAAUAAUGAAUGUAAGUGAAUUUCACAUCACAGAGAACUAUUAACUCUGUGGGUUUUAAAUUUUAGUCUGGGUCAUGUCCUGACCCUCUUCAACCUUAUCUAAUAGUGUUCUUCUAUCUCUCUUGACUUGUCACUAA